GUGCGUAAACAUUUCAAAUAACUCAAUUUCCCCACUGGCCCCUGUGUGUGCGCGUGCCUGUUCGCGCGUGUACACGAGCUACGUUGAAUUAUUAUGUAACAUGUUCCCAAUCACAUCCCAGCAGCCUGAGUCUGAGGCAUAAGGUCGCUUUAAGAGAUAUCUCAGCUCCUAUCCGAGCCCCUGGCAGGACGCCUCCUACCUUCUCUUCGACUGAAAACUCUGCCGAGUCUCACCUGAUGCAAAGCUGCGCGCGGAGUCUGGGAAGAAAGACCACUCCGUCAGACUGUGCAUUGGUGAGAGUGUAAGUUAGUUGCAGUCAAGUGGACGCUCAGCUGGUCUAGAGGUGGAAAUAUAUGUGAAGGAUCCCCCCAACAUGAGACAUGAGAGCGGUGAGCACACUGCAGGGUGGUGCACGAGAGGACAGAGGAGACUCCUUCACCUGUCCGGAGCUGAGAAAAUCCCCCACACGCCUGUCUGCUGACCCAGCUGCAGACACGCAGGGAGGGAGUCCAGAACAGCUGCAGGGACUCCGGGCAGCAAAUGAAGACUGCUCUGAAGACUGUAAAAGGUUAAGGAUGAUGGAAAGCUGUAAACAAUGCAAAUACUAUUCAUGAAGUAAUUACAGCAGGUGUGACACAUCAGCUAUUUCAAUUAAACCCCGGCCUCCGAGGUGAGCCCAGGAAAACCACCAUGGAGUUGCAGCACAACACCAACCACAACCAAGCCUUGUGGAAAGAGAUACCAUGGGAUUUCACCGAGGACUGCUCACUUUCAGUGAGUGGCACUACUUUUCUCAUCAUUGCUUACAGCACAUUGAUGGCUGUGGGUCUUAUUGGGAAUUCCUGCCUGGUGUUUGUCAUCACUCGACACAAGGAAAUGCAAAACGUCACCAACAUCUUCAUCGCCAACCUGUCAUGUUCUGACAUCCUCAUGUGCAUCGUGUGCCUGCCGGUCACGAUUAUCUACACUCUGAUGGACCGCUGGAUCCUCGGAGACGCUCUCUGUAAGCUCACACCCUUCAUUCAGUGCAUAUCUGUAACUGUCUCCAUCUUCUCUCUCGUCCUCAUCGCCAUGGAGCGCUACCAACUCAUCGUCCACCCAACUGGAUGGAAGCCUGUAGUGAGUCAGUCGUACCUGGCUGUGGCUGUCACCUGGGUCGUGGCCUGCCUGAUCUCAGUGCCUUUCCUCUCGUACAGUGUCCUCACCUUGCCUUUCCAGAAUCUGAGUAUCCCAUUUCCAGUUGGCGAGCAUCUUGUUUGUAUGGAGCGUUGGCCUUCAGUUCAAGAGCGGCGAGCUUACACAACUUCCCUCCUCAUCUUCCAGUAUUUCCUACCUCUUGUCCUCAUCAUGGGCUGCUACCUACAUGUCUACCUGCGUCUCAGGAGAAGGAAGGACAUGGUGGAGCGUGGUUCCAGGAACACCACCCAAAAGAAAAACAAAGGCUCCACAAGGAUCAAUGCUAUGUUAGUUUCCAUCGUUGUGGCAUUCGCCCUCUCCUGGCUCCCUCUUAAUGUCUUCAACACAGUGUUUGAUUGGAACCAUGAGGCCAUCCCGUCCUGUGGCCAUGACGUCAUCUUCUCUUUCUGCCACCUCACGGCCAUGGCCUCUACCUGUGUCAACCCCAUCAUCUACGGUUUCCUCAACAGCAAUUUCCAGAAGCAGCUCAAAUCCACCCUGUUGCGCUGUCGCUGCUGGGGGGUGGCAGAGAGAUACGAAAGUGUCCCACUCUCCACCGUCAGCACAGAGGUUACCAAGGGGUCAACCCUUAGCAAUGGAUCUAUCAGCAUCAAUACUUAGAACCAGCCUUUUCAGUAAAAGACAAAGAAACUACUGGGGCCUCUUCCGCCCUCAUUGUGUCAUCCUUUUGGCGCUUUUUUUUGCUUCAUUUGGUCCUAAAGAAGGGUUGACGUUUUUAAGUUAGAGAUCUCUUUAUAGCAGUCUGGAGGGAGACAGCUGAGGACCCUUAACCAGCAUGGCGCAUUGGCCUCAGCUCAACAUGCUGUUCACAUGUAGGAGGAAGUAGAUAACAAAAUGAAGGUACAAAGGUUGGACAAGUUUGAGUAUUGUGGUGCAGCGAAAGGCACUUUACAUGAGCACUUUUGCAACUAAAGUCUGUAUAGUCCGUCCCCCAUGUGCUAUGGACACAAAGAGACAGCAUUUAAUCUGCUAUACAUCUGUCCUAUUUUCUUUUCAAGCACAGAAGGAUUUUCUUUUCAUGUUUACCUGCUGAAUGUGAGCAGUUCGACCAACAGAGAUUAUUGAAAGGACAAAGCUGUUGGAGAGCUGCAAAUGUUUUUACAGUAAUGUUGUUUUUCAGAUUUGCUGUUUUAUGUUAAUACUGUCGAGGUAACACGGUCCAGGAUUGUGAAUUAUGAUGUUUUAAUGACUGUUGACUGAGUAGCUUAUGGAGGAGAGGACAUUAAUGCAUAUAAUGUGGCUCCAGGCAUGUAUUCAAAUGUUUUGCUAGAAUUGUCUUAAUGCUUUUCUUAUUACCUUAAAUGAUCACAAACGAUGUUAAGACCUCUGCCGGAGAACCUUGGCAGGAGCAUUACACAUUCAAUGCUCUCUGCCAAGGUCUAAGCUGCAGUGUAUAAGUGUGUGCAUCCUUUUUUUCUCAUACAAUGUGCCAUACAAUAACCAUAUAUCAAGUGCCGUAAAACAAAAUAAAAGUGUCAGUGAAGGACUUUGUCAGAGCGGGGUUCUUUUGCAGUAUAUAUCAUUACUGAAGACAUAUGAGGCCUGUUAAAGAGUGACACAGUUAUGGUUUAUGAUAGGGUCAAUAAUAAAAGGCACUGUGUAGCAAAGUAUUUAUCUCCUAGGAAACCUAUUGUUAGUUGUUACUCUUUGUGAUGGUGAAGAAAAUUAAAACAUUUACUGUUGUCCUCAGUAAUAAUGUCUAUUUUGUAAUGUUUGCUUCGGCAAAUAUUUUUGAUGGUUGAUUUAUUCAUGUCACUCUCAGCGUGUCAUCUUUUCACUUUCAUUUUGCCAAACGUCUGAUGUUAUGGGCAAAAUGGCAUGUAGGGAACCCUAUCUUUAAGGUAACUGUCUGGACUGUGGCAUCAUAAUUUAUCAGAAUAAAGGUUUAAAAAAUGUUUAUAUGAUUCAAUAACA